UUUACAAUUGAAGAAGGGAUGCUAAUUUGAGCCAUCAGAGUCGUCAGGGUGGACUCCGGCCUUUUGGCCCUGUUGAGCCGAUAUGGGAAGGACUCGAAAACCGUAUCAUCCUAGUGCUAACAAUUCAAAAAGGCACAUCAACCACAGCUUCAGACCCAUCGAUGAAGCUGCUCAGGAUCACAGAGAGAAUCUGAAAACAUUUCUGGAGCCUUUAAAGAAGAAACUGGAGCUCAGGAAGAAAGCUCUAGAGGAGUUUGAUCAGACAGCAGAACACAUGAAGGUCCAGGCCCGACACACAGAGAGGCAGAUUGUUGAGCAGUUUAAGAAGCUUCAUCAGUUUCUAGCAGAGGAAGAGGAGGCCAGGCUGGCUGCACUGAGUGCGGAAGAGGAGCAGAAGAGAGGGAUGAUGAAGGAGAAGAUGGAGGCUCUGAGCAGAGAGAUAGCAGCUCUUUCAGACACAGUCAGAGCCAUACAGGAGGAGCUGGAAGUUGAAGACGUCUCAUUCCUGCACAACUACAAGGGUGUAAUGGAAAAAAUUCAGUCCUGCCCCCUACCGGAGGAUCCACAGCUGCCCUCAGGAGCUCUGAUAGACCAGGCCAAACAUCUGGGCAACCUGACCUUCAACAUCUGGGGCAACAUGAUGACCAUGGUGACCUACACUCCUCUGGUUCUGGACCCAAACACGGCUGGUCCAAAACUCCUUCUGUCUGAAGAUCUGACCAGCAUGAGUUUAGGAGAGAUACAGAGGUUUCCUGAUAAUCCAGAGAGGUUUGACUACUGGUGGUCUGUUCUGAGCUCUGAGGGUUUUAACUCAGGGAACCACAGCUGGGAUGUUGAGGUUGGAGACAGUAACAGCUGGGCACUUGGAGUGAUAGCAAAGUCUGUCCAGAGGAAGGGAAAGAUACAGUCUGGAUUGUUGCUAAUACGAUUCUAUAAAGGUAAAUACUCAGUUGAGACUUCAUUAGUUCAUUCCACAGGUUUGCCAGUCCAGAAGAAACUCCAGAGGAUCAAAGUGAAUCUGGACUGUGACAGAGGAAAGCUGUCGUUCAUUGACCUGGAUACUAACACACACAUACACACCUUCACACACAACUUCACUGACAAGAUGUUUCCAUACAUUGAAACCCAUAAUAAAGCAAAAGUCCUACCAAUAAAAAUCUCAGUCACCAAACAAUACGAUUAA